AUGGCUAUAUCACCCACAUUUAGCCAAACAAUUCUAGAUGAAUUACCCAUAAGAAUACAACAAGUUCCCUGGCAAGUUUCGGUGCAAGUCAAUGGCAGACAUAUAUGCGGUGGAGCUCUAUAUAGAUCAGACAUAGUUUUGACUGCCGCCCAGUGUGUCAAAGGUCACAGAAUCGAACAGAUAUCAGUGCGGGCGGGUUCUCUACUCCGCAACUUUGGAGGUCAAGUGAUCACGGUGAGAAAGGUGCGAAUGCAAGUGCUUGGGAUGCGAUCCAGUGAUGUGGCCAUUAUUCUGCUGAGUUCUACCUUCAAAACUGGCUAUAAUAUACAAGCCAUACCAUUGGCUAGUUAUUCGCCCAAAGCUGGAACCCGAGCCACGGUAUCUGGAUGGGGACAGCUGGGAGCCAUAGUUCCUCCAUCUGAGAUACUGCUUAAGGUGAACCUUAACAUUGUUGAUCAGAUAAAAUGCUCGACGGAAAAUGUAGCGAAGCAAAGGAUAGUACUGGCCGAUGAAAUUUGUGCUGCACCCCGGGGCAUUAUACCGCUGGCAUGUCAAGGAUUCUCUGGAGGUCCUUUGGUUUCCGCUGGUACUCUGGUUGGCAUCGUUUCCUGGAACAAUCAAUGUGGUUUCCUCAAUAUUCCCAGUACUUAUGCAAAUAUUCCCCUGCUUAAAUUAUGGAUUGAAACCACUUCUAAUCUAAUGAGAAUUUUAUAG